AUGGCAAACCAGAAAGUACUUUCCAUAGAGGAAGUCUCGGGGCAUCGAUCGCCCGAGGAUUGUUGGAUUGUGGUAGAGAACCAAGUGUGGGAUGUAACAGAUUUUCUUGAGGAACACCCUGGAGGGUCUGCCAUUAUUCUGAAGUAUGCGGGCCGCGAUGCUACUAAGGCCUACUCAGAAGUACAUUCGCCGAGUGUUUUGAAAACAGGCCUAGAACCAGAGAAGCUCAAGGGAAUUCUUGAUGAGUCAACAAUCGACGAAAAUUGGAUUAAACCCCCACCAGGUGAAAGUGCCAAGGUGCUUCUCGACAACGAAAAACCUUCAUUGGAGACCCUGAUCAACUCGCAUGACUUUGAGGCUGUCGCUUCCAAGACUGCGAAUAAGAAGACAUGGGCUUUCUACUCUAGUGCAUCUACAGACUUAAUCACCCGAGACGCGAACAAGUCGUGCUUUGAUCGUAUAUGGUUUCGGCCGCGAGUACUCCGCAAUGUGCGAUCUGUGGAUACUCAGACAAAGAUUCUAGGUGGCAAUUAUAAGCUUCCUCUUUUUGUUAGUCCAGCCGCGAUGGCCAAACUCAUUCAUCCCAAGGGAGAAUGUGCGAUAGCUCGAGCAUGUGAGAAAAAGGGUAUCAUUCAAGGAAUCUCAAACAAUUCUUCUUUUACUAUGGAUGAACUGCGAAGCACUGCUCCUGAUGCAAGUUUCAUUUUCCAACUAUAUGUCAAUCGGGAUCGAGAAAGGUCCGCCGAGCUUCUCCGGCAGUGCUCAGCCAAUCCCAACAUCAAAGCCAUCUUCGUAACCGUAGACGCCGCAUGGCCGGGGAAGCGAGAAGCAGACGAACGUGUCAAGGCAGAUGAAGGCAUUACCGUCCCAAUGUCACCUUCCAAAGCGCAGAAUGACAAGAAAGGCGGUGGUUUGGGUCGUGUUAUGGCCGGGUACAUUGAUCCUGGUCUCACAUGGGAGGAUCUGAAAUGGGUCCGACAGCACACCCAAAAGCCAGUCUGUCUCAAGGGCGUGAUGUCCGCAGACGACGCUCUCAUGGCGAUGAAGGCAGGAAUGGAUGGAAUUCUUAUUAGCAACCACGGUGGUCGUAAUCUUGAUACUAGCCCACCGUCCAUCAUUACUCUGCUGGAGAUCCAGAAGAGGUGUCCUGAGGUCUUUGAUGCUAUGGAAGUGUAUGUCGAUAGCGGAAUCCGUCGUGGAACCGACAUCCUGAAGGCCGUGUGCUUGGGAGCGACUGCAGUGGGAAUGGGUCGAAGCAUGCUUUUCGCCAUGAACUAUGGACAGGAAGGUGUUGAGCAUCUCAUUGAUAUCAUGCAAGAUGAAUUAGAGACUGCAAUGCGCAACAUUGGAAUCACGUCUUUGGAUCAGGCAUCCCCAGACUACGUCCACACAGGAGAUGUUGAUCACUUGGUCCCGGCUUCUCACUCACACCCGUACGCUCGAGGCAAAGCGAAAUCCCGAAAGCGGGGCUCGAAGCUUUAA